AUGACCACAACAACAACCGCCGACGGUCAUCUCGCCCCCGACGAUUCUCAGCAUCUGAGUGCUACUCAACGAUCGCGUUGGGCCACCCAAAGAAAAAGCGUCAAUAGCAGCAGUAACAGGCGCAAUUCUAUUCUCGAUCGCAUGGGACACAAGAAGACAGGCUCCAAUGAAAAGAAUCCCCCUUCUGACGGUUCCGACCCUCCCGGUGACGAUGGACAACGACCGCAAGCGAAUCCCGACAACCAGAACGGUGGUGAGGAGGAAGAGGAACACGAGAACCGGAUGUUGUUCUUCAACCAACCCCUACCGAACGAAUUUCUAGAUGAGAACGGUGCACCCAACCAAUCUUUCAUCAGAAACAAGAUUCGAACAGCCAAAUACACCCCUCUGUCGUUUGUCCCCAAGAAUUUGUGGUUCCAAUUCCAUAACGUUGCAAACAUCUUUUUCUUGUUCUUGGUUAUCCUGGUUAUCUUCCCAAUCUUUGGUGGAGUUAACCCAGGUCUCAACGCUGUGCCUUUGAUCUUUAUUAUCGCAGUCACAGCUAUCAAGGAUGCCAUCGAAGAUUACCGACGAACUGUUCUCGAUAUUGAGCUCAACAAUGCCCCCGUUCACCGACUACGAAAUUGGAACAAUGUUAAUGUUCUGGAGGGCGACGUAUCCCUUUGGCGUCAGUUCAAGAAGGCAACUUCCAAAUUCUUCGGUGCAAUCUGGCGUGCGACUCAAUCGCUCUGGUCCAAGAAGGCAAAAGAAGAGAGGGCGAAGCGCAAGGCAGGGCCAAGCGAGGAUGAUGCUCCACGUCCCUCAGUUGAGACGCAUCGAACUAGGCAGUCUAUGCGUCAGUCUAUGGCGUCGCCUUUCUCCGGACGAGAGUCCUUUAUGUCUGCCCGAGAGGAUAUCCAGAUGACCCCUGUUCCAUCACCAUCACCCCAGGCUACGCCACACGCCCAUUUUGAGAUGCCCGACCAGCAAGAUGCUAAGCGCGCAGCUGCUCUGAUGCAGAUGAAAUCGGAUAUCGUCAACUAUCACCAUCCUGCCGCGGGUGCUCGCUUCCAGAAGGACACAUGGAAGAGUCUCAAUGUUGGCGAUUUUGUCCGCAUUUAUAACGACGAAGAACUUCCCGCCGACGUCAUUAUCCUCUCAACUUCUGAUCCUGACGGAGCUUGUUACGUUGAAACCAAGAACCUGGAUGGUGAAACUAACCUCAAGGUUCGCCAGGCUGUGCGUUGCGGCCGAUCGCUCAAACAUGCCAGAGAUUGUGAGCGUGCCGAGUUCGUGGUUGAGAGUGAGGGUCCCCAGCCAAAUCUUUACAAGUACAAUGGCGCCAUUAAAUGGAAGCAACACGUACCCGGAUACCUAGACGACGAACCCGAGGACAUGACCGAACCUAUCACCAUUGAUAACCUUCUUCUGCGUGGCUGCAACCUCCGAAAUACCGAAUGGAUCGUUGGCGUAGUCGUUUAUACAGGGCACGACACCAAAAUCAUGAUGAAUGCCGGUAUCACUCCUAGUAAGCGCCCUCGUAUUGCGAGGGAGAUGAACUUCAACGUUGUUUGCAAUUUUGGUAUCCUCCUCAUCAUGUGUUUGCUCGCUGCUAUCAUAAAUGGCGUUGCUUGGGCGAAGACCGAUGCUUCCCUUCAUUUUUUCGAGUAUGGAUCUAUCGGUGGGAAGCCGGCAAUGAGUGGUUUCAUCACAUUUUGGGCUGCCAUCAUUCUUUUCCAGAAUUUGGUUCCCAUUUCACUCUACAUCACGCUAGAAAUUGUUCGUACCUUGCAGGCUGUCUUCAUCUACAACGACGUGGAUAUGUACUAUGAACCUAUCGAUCAACCAUGCAUUCCCAAGUCUUGGAACAUCUCGGAUGAUGUUGGUCAAAUCGAGUACAUUUUCUCUGAUAAGACUGGUACCUUGACACAGAACGUCAUGGAAUUCAAGAAAGCGACUAUCAAUGGACAACCAUACGGCGAGGCUUAUACGGAAGCCCAAGCUGGAAUGCAAAAGCGACUUGGUAUCGAUGUCGAGAAGGAAGGCAGGCGGGUUCGUGCUGAGAUUGCUGACGCGAAGGUUCGUGCUCUAGCCGGUCUCCGUGGUAUUCAUAACAAUCCGUUCCUCCACGACGAUGCUUUGACAUUCAUUGCCCCUGACUUUGUCUCCGACCUGGCUGGCGAGUCGGGCCCCGAACAAAAAGACGCCAACGAGUUUUUCAUGCUUGCACUAGCUCUCUGUCAUACAGUCAUGGCUGAGAAGGUAGAUGGCGACUCUCCCAAGAUGAUAUUCAAAGCGCAAUCUCCCGACGAAGAAGCUCUGGUCGCUACUGCCCGUGACAUGGGCUUUACUGUCCUUGGAAGCUCUGGUGAAGGCAUCAACCUUAACGUGAUGGGCGAGGACCGACAUUAUCAGAUUCUGAACACCAUCGAGUUCAAUUCUAGUCGAAAGCGAAUGAGUUCGAUCGUGCGGAUGCCGGAUGGACGAAUUAUUCUCUUCUGCAAGGGUGCCGACAGUAUUAUUUAUUCCCGCCUCAAACGUGGAGAGCAGAAAGAGCUCAGAAAGAACACCGCGGAGCAUCUUGAAAUGUUUGCUCGUGAGGGUCUUCGAACACUCUGUAUUGCCUACAAGGAAGUUUCAGAGCAAGACUACCGAGCUUGGAAGAAGGAGCAUGACGCCGCCGCCUCCGCCCUAGAGGAACGGGAGGAGAAGCUGGAGACUGUUGCCGAGCUGAUUGAACAAGAUCUAUACCUUGUUGGCGGUACAGCUAUUGAAGAUCGGUUACAAGACGGAGUUCCUGACACCAUUGCUCUCUUGGGUAAUGCCGGCAUCAAGCUUUGGGUUCUUACCGGUGACAAAGUUGAGACUGCUAUCAAUAUCGGUUUCUCAUGCAAUCUCCUCAACAACGAUAUGGAGUUGAUUCAUCUGAAGGUCGACGAGGACGAGUCCGGAGAAAUUGCUGACGAGACUUUCUUCGAAAUGGCAGAAAAACUUCUCGACGACAAUCUUCAAAUCUUUGGCAUUACCGGUAGCGACCAUGAUCUUGCCCUCGCGAAGAAGAACCACGAACCUCCGGCUCCCACUCACGGACUGGUCAUUGAUGGUUUCACUCUUCGAUGGGUUCUCAAUGAUCGACUGAAACAGAAAUUUCUCCUGUUAUGCAAGCAGUGCAAAUCGGUCCUCUGCUGCCGUGUUAGUCCUGCCCAAAAAGCUGCUGUGGUAGCCAUGGUCAAAAACGGCCUUGAUGUCAUGACCCUCUCUAUUGGAGACGGUGCCAAUGAUGUUGCUAUGAUUCAAGAAGCCGAUGUUGGAGUCGGUAUUGCUGGUGUCGAAGGUCGUCAGGCUGCCAUGUCUUCUGACUACGCAAUCGCUCAGUUUCGCUUCCUAUCAAGAUUGGUGCUCGUACACGGCCGAUGGUCUUAUCGCCGCUUGGCCGAGAGUAUUAGCAACUUCUUCUACAAAAACAUGGUGUGGACCUUCGGAAUCUUUUGGUAUGAGAUCUACUGCGACAUGGACAUAACAUAUCUCUUCGAUUAUACAUACAUCCUUAUGUUCAAUCUCUUCUUCACAUCAAUUCCUGUCGCUAUUAUGGGUGUACUGGAUCAGGACGUGUCUGAUAAGGUAUCCUUGGCUGUUCCUCAGCUCUACCGACGUGGCAUCGAGCGACUAGAGUGGACCCAACUCAAAUUCUGGCUUUACAUGAUCGACGGAGUUUAUCAGUCUAUUAUGGUCUUUUUCGUCCCCUACCUUCUCUUCAUGCCUGGUACCUUUUUGACUGCCAAUGGCCUUGGCUUGGAGGAUCGCCUCCGUUUCGGUGCCUAUAUUGCGCACCCGGCCGUUAUUACCAUCAACAUGUACAUCCUGAUCAAUACCUACCGGUGGGAUUGGCUCAUGGUGCUCAUCGUCGUCAUCUCGGACGUAUUCAUUUUCUUCUGGACCGGUGUCUACACUUCUUUUACCAGUUCGGCAUUCUUCUAUGGUACCGCCGCCCAAGUUUAUGGAGAGGCCACCUUCUGGGCAUGUUUCUUCCUAGUGCCUGUCAUUUGUCUCUUCCCACGUUUCGCUAUCAAGGCUCUACAGAAAGUUUACUGGCCCUACGAUGUGGAUAUCAUUCGUGAGCAGGAGAGGAUGGGCAAGUUUGCUCACCUCUAUCAGACAGAAGAGACAGGCGACCCUCUUACCGCUGACACGAAGAGCGACAAGUCCAAGUCUUCCAAGAGCUCAAGGAAGUCCAAGAAGAUGCCGAAGCAUGUUGCUUACGGCAGUGUCGAUGAGGAUCUACGACCGAUCUACCCCCCCUCAACAGCCACGAGAACGACGACAUAUAACCAGCACAGCCAAAAUGGUAGUGACUCGACUAAUUAUACGGCGCACAGGAUCUCGCUGGAUGUACCUAUGCAGGGUCGCCCUUCCAUUGAUCGUGCCCGGCCUUCCUACGAUCGAAUGCGGGCCUCGAUGGACCGUGUCAGGCCCAGCUUCGAGGCUAGCAACGACUUCACGUCAGCAGCACGGUUAUCGCGAAUCGAAUCGAGUCAAUCACAAGUAGGACGUUUUCGUCCUCGCCUCAGAGGACUCUCGCUAACCAAGAGUGCCAACAUAUGA